AUGGGAGCUCCUUCUGACCCCGUAACAACCUCGUCUUGUUCCUCAGUUAACUUUACAAACAACGCUUGUUUAUCUGAUUGCUGCCAUCUCAGUCGUCCUGGUCCUGUUCACGGUGGUUUGGAAGGAGUCUCCCAGCCUGCACUUCCAGGCAACCUCGUUCCGUCUACAAGUCCGUACAAUAAACAAUUAGUGGAUCCUAAUCGCAACGAGUCUCCUCUUCGUCCUACUCUACAACCGGGCCGCACUGUGGACAGCACCAUGGAAGCUCCCGGCCCUCCCAACCCAGUCGAGCUAAUCGCAGCCUGCGCUCAUCACAGUCGUCCCGGUCCUGCGGUUGGUUGUGGUAUGGGAGUCUUCCAAUCCGUAGCCUCAGGCGAGUACCCUUGCAACCCAAGUAAUGAACUUCCGGUGUUUAGUCCCGAAUAUGAAGUUUUUCGAUGCGACCGUGGGCCCAGAAAUAGUCGGAAGUUAAUGGGAGGUGGCGUGCUUGUCGCGGUUAAUCAGAGACUGAAAGCAAAACUGAUCGAAAAUGAUCAAUGGAGCAGUAUUGAGCAAGUGUGGGUGUGUAUCGAGUUCACUAACUGCAGGUUGUUCCUGUGUGAAAUUUACAUCCCCCCCGAUCGAGUACGAGACGAAGGUCUGAUCGACGUUCACUCCCGCUCGGUUAUGACAGUGAUCGACUUGGCGACAGCAACCGACGAGCUCAUUAUUAUCGGUGAUUUUAACCUACCAGGACUUUUAUGGCAACCAUCCAGUAAUGGUUUUCUCCAUCCGGAUCCCGAUCACUCCGUUGUGCACAGUGCAGCAUUACGGCUUCUAGACUGCUACAGUUCUGCCAUUUUGCGACAGAUCAACCACGUGACCAACGAGAACAUUCGCUGUCUGGAUCUCUGCUUCACCAGCGCACAGGAUGUUGCUCCAGUCAUUUCGCUCGCUCCGUCGCCACUAGUUAAGCAAGUGAGGCAUCACCCUCCACUAGUGCUUACCCUCAGCAAUCACCACUCGAAUCUAACAAAAACUAUCCCCUCUGUUUCGUAUGACUUUCGAAAUGCUGAUCACCGAAGCAUUGCCGAAUUCUUCGCCACUAUCAACUGGUUUGAUGUUCUCGACGAAAACGAUGCCGACAACGCCGCCUUGACUCUUUCGCACAUAAUUGUGCACGCAAUCGAUCGUCACGUACCCAAGGUAGUACAUUCGUCAAACAGCAAGCCCUGGUUGACCCGCGAGCUUCGCAUGUUGAAGACUGAAAAAAGGGCUGCACUUAGGAUAUAUUCCAAGUUUCGUAACCGCUCACUGCGUGAUCAAUACAUAAAAUUAAACACCGUAUACAAAAGAACCAGUCGGACAUGCUUUAGACGACACCUGCAGAGAAUCCAGCGCAAUCUGAAGGUGAAACCAAAAACGUUCUGGAAGUAUGUUAGCGAUCAGCGCAAGGAAUCAGGCCUUCCAUCAACUAUGAUGCUCAAUGGACAGGUUGCUUCGGAGCCCCAGUAUGUCUGCCAGCUCUUUGCCGAUAAAUUCGCCAGAACCUUUUCCGACGAAAUCAUCCCGGACGACCAAAUCUCCCAAGCUGCUUGCAAUGUUCCACUAGUGACUAUGAAUACUCUGUGUACGCUCAACAUCGACGAAGAAAUGAUCUCUCGAGCCGCAUCAACGUUAAAAUCAUCGACUAAAUCCGGCCCAGAUGUCUUCAAGCAGGAACGCAUUCGAAGAUUCAAUAACGCCUCACUGCUCCAGAAUGAAGAUAAUAAUAACACUUGA